CCUUCUGUAUUGGUAUGAAGUACAUUUAUUGACGUUUUAACGGCCCUCCACACAAAGAGGAUGAUUUGCACUAUGUUGCCACUGAAAGACAUCUUUUAUGCACAAACAUGUGGCUUGAAGCCUGCAUAUGCCUCCACACACACAAACACACACAGUUCACUUCUCUGCUAAAUGAUUGGAACUGAUGAGCCGUCAGCAAUACCGGGGCCCAUGUUGAGGUCUUAAUUUAUGGAUGAGUAGUUAUCACAUGUGAUUUACUGAUGUGUACUUUCUCAUGUGCUUUCACACACACAUAAGUACAAACACACAUUGUCCUUACCCUGCCUGUGAUGGAUGAUGAAGGGCCUGUCUCAAGAAUUGAUGGCCCCAUCCCAGGGGUAGGUGAGUUGGGAACUGAUGGUCAGGAUGAUGUACAGUUGAGAUGAACCCACUGUUGUUCAGGGCCACCACUCUGCAUAAAGUCUCUUAGGGAUCUCUUUCCACAUUGUCUUCUGUAAAAUAUUAAAAAAGCACCGGUAAUUAUUGAAGUGGUGAAUUUCAAGUAAAGACUUAACGUCUGCUGUUUCUGUUGAAGAAGGAUCCGGCUAAAACUUGAAUUUUUCGUCUCCUUAUACCAAGUUUAGAUAUAUUUCUUUUGUUUUUGUUAUUUAUUUUGUGCCAGACGGGAAUUGCAUGACUUCCUUGUCUUCUCAAGACCUUAAGGGACAGUCAGGCUCACUCGUACUCCUUUCUUGUAAUCACAUACAUCAUUUAUCAGAACAUGUUGUAAGCCAUGCAAAACAACCAUUUUCUGUAACUGAAUGUGAAUUUAGCCACACACAAUGAAACUGCAGUACCAAUUACAUUUUGACAAAACACAUAAAUUGCUUCUUUUGUCAGGCUAAGAAUAAACAAAGGAUAAGUGACAUCCAGCAUCUGAGUUGAUGUCUUAUUUCAUUGGAGCUUGUCUCCAAAUCUCUGCAAUUGCAAGAACAUACGCAUUUCUUUUCAACUGUUGUUCUUUAUUUAGAGUAAACCUUAGGAAAAAUAUGAAUAUUUAUACGUAGUCUGUUUCUUUCUUUUAUCCAGCAAACCAAAUUUAGCCCUCCAAUGUACUUGGCAAAAGUCAAAGCCUAGCUCUACACUAAUGUUGUCAUCUGAUUCCUGACUACUGCUUUAAAAAAAAGAAAAUCUAAAUAUUUCCUGGAUAGACCGCAGAGACUGCUUGUUUAGACAUCUUUGCUUUACUGGCAUUGCCUGUGGCAGAGUCUUUCUUUGCCCCAAAAUAAUCCUUGUUUUCACGUGCUCCCCAGAAGUGCUGAGCUCUUCGAGCAGCACCCUGGCCAGCUGCCAGAUGUCAUAGCCUCAAACUUGGAGGGCGGUUCAGGCUUAAUGCAAUGAAAAAAACUCAUAGAAACUUCAGGGCAGUUUCGUUGAGGUCAACAAAAAAGAGCUGGAAUCAUUUGGGGUGAACAUGUUGCUCGUUAUCACUCUUCUUCUCCUUCAUGAAAUAUAAGUCAUAUCAACUCAAAACUGCACAGUUGCUUCAUACCAAAUAAAGAAACCAUUGGCAUGUCAGUGUACAUUACAGAAUAUGGUUUCCAAAUAAUGCAGAAUCUGUCUUUUUCCUCUACUAGAUACAGUCAGAAACCAUUUGAAAUUAUUAGCAUUCUCAUAGAUUUUCUGUCAUGGUGGUCUCAUUGUGAGGCCUUCCUGCCAAUAGAAUUUAUUUUUAUUUUUUGUUACAAGAGAUGACUCAUUACAAACUGUCAAAUGAACAUUAAACAGCUGGUAAGAGAUAUGAUGAUACGGUUAUGGUGCUGUAAGUUUAAGUUUUUUGUAAUAAGGAAACUCCGGAGGCUGGAUUGUCCCACAAGAACAACAACACUUCCUUAAUGGUUAAUCCAAAUGUAAUAUUUAAACGAUAUGUGUAUAGAGAUUCACUAAAUAAUCUCAUUUGUUUAAUUUUGUAAAUAAAUCAUGCAAUUUAAAAGGUCUUUGAUUUAUCAGACAUAAACACAAACUAGUAAAUCUUUUUAAAAAAAAACAAUUUUAAUGGUAUAAAGUAUUAUUGCUCUGCUGGUACCCUCCAACACCCACAACCAUCUUGUCUUCUUUACUUAAUUAAAGACUGUUCAUUUUAUGUUUGUGAAACAUGUGUUUGUUGAACAUUUCAGCAUUUUAAAUUGCUUGAUAUGAAGAGCUGUCAGUGUACAAACACUUAGAUGAAAACACAGGUAUAAAUUAUUUUGUGUGAUUCUGUCACAGUUAUGAGAAUGCUGUUCUGACACAUACUUGGUGGGGAUGGGGCUGUGGCUUGGUCGGCGGUUUUUGUGUACGUGUCGCGUGUGUGUGUGUAUGUGCGUGUUUCAGAGCCGCAGCUGAAAGGCAUCGUGACACGACUGUUCAGCCAGCAGGGCUUCUACCUGCAGAUGCAGCCGGAUGGAACCAUCGAUGGCAGCAAGGACGAGAACAGCGACAACACCCUGUUUAAUCUUAUUCCUGUGGGUCUGAGAGUGGUGGCCAUCCAGGGAGUGAAGAGUGGCUUCUACAUUGCCAUGAAUGGCGAGGGCAUGCUUUACAGCUCGGAGAUGUUCACGCCGGAGUGCAAGUUCAAAGAGUCCGUUUUUGAAAACUACUAUGUGAUCUACUCGUCCACUGUGUACCGGCAGCAGGAGUCGGGGCGUGCCUGGUUCCUCGGCCUCACCAAGGAGGGACAAGUCAUGAAGGGCAAUCGCGUCAAGAAGACUAAACCCUCGUCACACUUUGUGCCCCGGCCCAUCGAAGUUUGUAUGUACAGGGAGCCUUCAAUGCAUGAGAUAGAGGACAAGCACCGCUCCAGGAAGAGCUCAGGGACUCCCACCAUGAACGGAGGGAAAGCUGUCAAUCAGGACUCCACAUAGCAGUGGGGGGAGGGGCUUCCAGCAGGGGGGAGUGGCCCCCCCCCCAAUUUCGCACCACCUUCCCCUCUGAAACAAAAAGGGGGCGUUGCUACGACGAGGAGCUAUUACUGUACAACCCAAGAAAACAAAAACAAACUGAACUCUUGCCUGUGAAAACCUUUUAGAUGAAUUAAUAUGAAACCAGAAGAUAUGGAUAUAUAUAUAUAUAUAUAUAUAUGAAAAAUCUAACAUUUUCAAUCAGGACUUGACCAACAUGUUAUGCAAAAAAAAAAAAAGAGAAAAAGCUGUGAUAAAUAAAUAAAUGGUGGUCUCUCUCUUCAAACAAAUAUCUAUCAUUUCCAAUUUAUGCUGUGAAAAACAAGCUUUAAUACAUGUAAAAUUUUCAUACAAUGGUUUCAUUUUCUAAAUUCUGUUGCACCCUCAUACGCUUAACUGUGUUAUUGUUGUCAGUAAUAGCUGUGACAUCUUCAUCAUUACUAAAUCUGUUGUAUCUUAUCAUCCCAGUUACUAUCACGGUAAUUCUGGCUUUCUUUUGUUUUGAGACUAGAAAAAGACAUCUUUUCAGAUGUUUUCUCUCUCAUAGUUUGAUCUUGAAUGCACUGUCACACUACCUGCUUUGGUGUGGGGGUAAGAAUGAAUGUAUUUGAUAGUUCUCUGUGUUGGACUCCAAUGGAAACAGAGUGCUUAGGGUGGGAUGUAAUUUACUCAGGUGUGAACUGUAAGCGGGACUAAUAGGACAGAUAGGGAUGUUUCAAGUACUCGAACAUGGGCUCCCCCUAUAUUGUUCUGCAAUGACGGGACAAGACUGAUUCAAGCAAUAUAAUAGAGAGCAGUCUAGUAUGUCUCUUAAUAAUAGUAAUAAUAAGCAGACGACACAUCCCUGUGGUAAGUGUGUUUGUCAAAGAAAGUUGUACAGGUAGGUCAAAGUCAGUCAAAGGAAAGCUGUUUUGAUAUCGCUUCAAUAUACUCUUUAACAUUUGCAAUGAUUAUUCGGUUCUAAGUAAAGAGAUGUCCAACAUUGUCAAAAAAAUAAAUAACUGUAUUCUCUCCAAUAGCAACGGGGAAGAUAUUGACCAGCAUCAGCACUAUGAGCCAUGGCCAAAACACGGUCACUUCACAUUUACACCUCAAGAAACACAGACCACUUUCUCUGUUGUUUGCUAGGUUAAUACAACAACAACUCUCAAAAUAUAACCAUGUAACAGUAAUAAUGCCUUUAAAUAUAUGGACAAAAAGUCUUCUCCUGUUUUUUUCUAAGCAAGAGAAGGAAUGAAAGUUGUUUUGGCAGACCCGGCAGUGAGGAUAUGUGUUGAUUAGUUUUCAAGACUCUUUCUGUUACUUUUACUCUGAAAGCAUUAGAGAUUUUCUCAACACUGGAGGACAGGGUGCCUGACUGUUUAAUAAUCCACUGACCUGACUUGGUGAUGUUUUCGAUAUAGGUCAUAAUCAUUAAGACUUCCCAUCACAAUGUAGCAGAAGGUCUCAUUGAGGAGCCAGUUUGUCUGGAUUAGCUAGGUUUGGGGAGGAUAUCUUACUAUUCCUGUGAGAGUAUCUUAUCGUUUGUUUUUCCUGACAUGGUAACCAAUAGAUUCUCCACCCCCCUGGUUUUGUGACCCAUGAAAUGAGCCAUUUGCUGCAUUGUGAAGGAAGCUUCUCUUUCAUAAAUCAACAUGCUGACAGGGCUGUAUAAACAAGGUGAAUUGACUGGUACACCGUGGACGUUGCAUAGCUCAUUUCUAAUCCCCAAUUAGUUUGUCUAACUCAGGAAGUCCUACAAAUUGUUCCGCAGAUGGGGCCAGACAUAAAGGCUGGCCGCUUCUUGUCCAGCAGCUGUUGCACAAAGCCUGGCCACCGAUGGGGUGUUUAGAGAGGUCGGGACGGGGUCGAUGGUGUUUUUAUUAUUAACAAAAGAUGGUGUACAGCCAAGCUAGCUAGUUUAGGAAGGGGGAUACAGGAGCCGAGACAAAGCAUGAGCAUUGCAUGACUGUAGGAGUUGAUGUAAUCUUGGGUUGAUUUUGAGGUGAGAACUUGAUUCAAAUUCGGGGAGAAUGGGUCCAGAACUUUUUUUAUGCAACAUUUUGAUCAGUAAUUUAGUGAGAGUUUGUAUGUCUCUCCUAUAUCUGGUUGGAAAACAUAUGCUAAGUUGGUGGUAUGUACAGUAAAUAGCACACAUUCAGUUGAACAGAGAAAACGCAGUGAUAUAUUAUCAUAGAUCUGGUGUUCUACCUUGGGUCUGGUUAUCUGCGAUAACUAACGGUACACUAGUUCGACUCACCUACAGCAUAACAUUGAUACUUACAGUACAUCAGGCGUGACACUGGAAGUCAACAGGCAAGACCAGCAUAUAGGAAUAUCUUUUUAUAGAGGUUUAUUUUGGUGCAAAUGAAAAUACAUGUGGACUCAAAGCAAUGCAUGAAAUUGGAUGUACUCGAUGUCAACAGUUGACAGCAGGAUGAGAGGAUUUAAAAAAGGGAUGACUAAAGCAAGGCGGUAUAAAUAUUUGAUGUGAGAAGGUGGGAGAGUAAUGCACUUUUUUUGGGGGGGGGGUUAUUGAUGUAUGAAAGGGUGACCAAAGGCUUAGGUUGUACGUGAUAUUAAGUAUAAUUUAUUAUGUUUAUGUUUGCAGAUGAUUUCACUGCAUUGGAACACACUCAUAUAUGCAUUAUGAAUUGUGAGAUGAAAUAAAAAAAUAUGCAUUGAUAAUAAAAUCAGAAUGAAGUUAGUGAUUGUUUAAGAAUAAAGACUAUGUUAUCAAAAACGUUCACCUAGACGCAGUGACUGAUUCAAUGUGUUGUUGAUCAUGACUGACAGUUUUUUUGUGAAUCUUCUUUAAAAUGAAUGUGAGUCUUUGCAACAACAAGAGAAGCAGCGACAUGAGCAGACAAACUAAAUCCAUCAACUUGAGAUUCUUAAGCGUUUUGAAAUUCAGAAAAUCUAAUCCGCUUCCUCUAUCAAUACACCGAGGGCGAUUUAUCUUCUCAACAGCCCCUAAAUCCGAUGUGUCAUUUUGGGAUGGCGCUCCUUCGCCCUUAAUUCUCCCGUUGUCAUGGAAACAGACCUUCCGUACCGUCUGCAAGGAGAAUGAGGAGGAGGAGGAGGAGGAGGAGGAUGAAGGCUCCCCUGACUUCAGGACGUGGUUUUGUCUUCAUUGCUGUGUGAUGGCUGCAGCACA